AAAGGAUACGUAAGAUAAGUUGGUGUGGAUGACUACAGCUCAGAGUCUGAUGUGAUUAUUAUACCUUCAGCCCUGGACUUUGUCUCACAAGAUGAAAUGUUGACGCCUUUGGGAAGACUGGACAAGUACGCUGCAAGUGAGAACAUAUUUAACAGGCAAAUGGUGGCACGAAGUUUACUGGACACUUUGAAGGAAGUCAGUGAUGAUGAGAGAGAUUGUAUUGCUGUGUUGGAGAGAAUCAGCAGAUUAGCUGAUGAUUCAGAGCCUACAGUGCGGGCAGAACUGAUGGAACAGGUACCUCAUAUUGCCAUGUUUUGUCAAGAAAACAGACCUUCCAUCCCAUAUGCCUUUUCCAAAUACUUACUACCUAUUGUGGUGCGGUACCUUGCAGACCAGAAUAACCAGGUAAGAAAAACAAGCCAGGCAGCAUUGUUAGUUCUGCUGGAACAAGAACUCAUAGAGAGAUACGACGUGGAGACCAAAGUAUGCCCUGUUCUGAUAGAUCUGACGGCACCAGACAGCAAUGAUGAUGUGAAGACAGAAGCCGUGGCUAUAAUGUGCAAAAUGGCCUCCAUGGUGGGAAAGGACAUCACGGAAAGACUUGUUCUUCCUAGGUUUUGUGAGAUGUGCUGUGACUGCAGAAUGUUUCAUGUUCGUAAGGUAUGUGCAGCCAACUUCGGAGAUAUCUGCAGUGUGGUUGGGCAGCAGGCCACUGAAGAAAUGCUGUUGCCGAGGUUUUUCCAGCUCUGCUCUGAUAAUGUGUGGGGAGUUCGGAAAGCCUGUGCUGAGUGCUUCAUGGCAGUUUCUUGUGCAACAUCACAAGAAGUCCGGCGGACAAAAUUGUCAACGCUUUUUAUUAAUUUGAUUAGUGAUCCUUCACGAUGGGUCCGACAAGCUGCUUUUCAGUCUUUGGGGCCUUUCAUAUCAACUUUUGCUAAUCCAUCCAGUAGUGGUCAGUAUUUUAAAGAAGAAGAUGAUAAAAACUCAGAGGACCAUGCUUCUACACAGGAAAACAGUGAACAAAUCAGAACUACAGAAGACAUCACAACAGAGGAUGAGCACAACAGAUCAGAAGACCUGUCUUCACAUGUCGACAAUGACAGUUUUGCAGCAAAACUUGAAAAUGCCACGGGAGAUCAAAAUGCAGUGUCAAAUAACUCCCAGAGGGAAAGUGAAUUCCAGACUGAGUCAUCCUUUCAUUGCACUUUGUCUUCAGAUUCUUGUGGGGGAAUGGCUGAUGAGAACGAGCGAAGUUCUCAUUGCUGUACAGCAGGACUACGGGUGACUGGGCACAGUUCACAGGAAACCUCUCUUUCAGAGCAGGAAUUGUACAACUCUUUCCAUUUCUGGAGGACUCCACUUCCUGAAAUAGAUAUUGAUUUGGAGCUUCAGCAGACUUCUGAGAUAAUCCUCAAUAGAGAAAUUCAGGAACUCACAAUGCCGGUAUCUCCAAACAUUCCUAUGGCAACAAGGAAAGAGUUGGAGGAAAUGAUAGAAAAUUUGGAACCCCAUAUAGAUGAUCCAGAUGUUAAAGCACAAGUGGAGGUGUUAUCUGCUGCACUCAGAGCAUCCAGUUUGAAUCCUCGGGAAGAGACAGUGGCCAGCAUUGGCAAGGGAACAGACUCUCAGACUGAACUAACCAGCAGUGACCAACAAAAUUUUAAGCCUAUACUGAGUGAUAUUGUGCCUUUAAUUGGUGACACUGUUGAGAAUAUGGAUUCCACGCUUCACUAUAUUCAUAACGAUUCAGAUUUGAGCACCAAUAGUAGUUUCAGUCCCGAAGAAGAAAGAAAAUCCAAAGUACAGGACGUUGUACCUCAAGCCUUGCUAGAUCAGUAUUUAUCAAUGACUGAUCCAUCUCGCGCACAAACUGUUGAUACUGAGAUUGCCAAACACUGUGCCUACAGCCUACCAGGUGUGGCACUUACACUAGGCAGACAGAACUGGCACUGCUUGAAGGAUACCUAUGAGACAUUGGCAUCUGACAUGCAGUGGAAAGUUCGGCGGACGCUAGCAUUUUCUAUACAUGAACUCGCUGUAAUCCUUGGAGACCAACUUACAGCUGGGGAUUUAGUUCCUGUCUUCAAUGGCUUCUUAAAAGACCUGGAUGAAGUCAGGAUAGGUGUGCUUAAACACUUGCAUGACUUUCUAAAGCUGCUUCAUCUGGACAAAAGAAGAGAAUAUCUUUAUCAGCUCCAGGAAUUCUUAGUGACUGAUAACAGCAGGAACUGGCGUUUCCGUGCAGAGCUGGCUGAGCAGCUGAUCUUACUUCUAGAUCUGUACAGUGCCAGAGACAUCUAUGACUACUUGCGACCUAUUGCUUUCAGCCUCUGUGCAGACAAAGUGUCUUCUGUCCGCUGGAUUUCUUACAAGCUGGUUAGUGAAAUGGUAAAAAAGCUGUACAUGGCCUCAACGUCAACGUUUGUGGUAGACCUCAUGAAUGAACUUGUUGAAAAGUUCUGUAGAUGCCGCAAAUGGUCUGGCCGGCAAACUUUUGUCUUUAUCUGCCAGACUAUCAGUGAAGAUGACUGCCUACCCAUGGACCAGUUUGCUGUGCAUCUGUUGCCACACUUACUACACUUGGCAUCUGACAGGGUUCCAAACGUUCGAGUCCUGCUUGCAAAAACGUUAAAGCAAACACUCUUAGAGAAAGAGUAUUUUCUAAAUUCUGCCAACUCUCACCAAGAAGCUGUGGAGCAGACAAUCAUGGCGCUUCAAAUGGACGAUGACAGCGAUGUCAAGUACUUUGCAAGCAUACACCCUGCCAGUACCAAAAUAGCGGAUGAUGCCAUGAGCACUGCUUCAUCAACGUAUUAAAAAUCUCCUGAAUGUUGCUAUAAUUUAAAAAA